AUGGCACCUCGCAUCGCACCCGCAGGGUUCCAUCUGCACCUCCUUCUGGAAGGUUUUGUGCCGACGCUCGGGGCGACUUUCCUGUUCCUGGGUCUAUCAUUCAUGUUCCUCGCCCUGCUGAUACGUUGCGACGCGUCCUGGGUCUUCGACGACGCCAAGAUGAAGGUGUCAGCUCUCCUCACCACCGGCGGCGCCCUGCUCGCCACCGGCGUCUCAGCCAUCAAGCCCGUCAACUUUAUGCACCUGGUGCCUCCUCCUCUGGAUAUCGCCGAUACCGAGUUCGCCUCCAGCCUCGUCCAGAGGCGCGACACCAACUCCUCGGCCACCGUGGGAAACGGCACCUUCCAGCAGAUCCUCGACCACUCGGACCCCUCCAAGGGCACCUUCAGCCAGUCCUUCUGGUGGAGCACCCAGUACUGGCAGGGACCCGGCUCACCAGUCGUCUUCUUCACUCCGGGCGAGGUCGCAGCCGCAGGAUACACCGGAUACCUGACGAAUAGGACCCUCACCGGUACCCUGGCACAGGAGCUCGGCGCGGCCGCGGUCAUCCUCGAGCACCGGUACUGGGGCGAGUCGAGCCCGUUCGACGAGCUGACCACCGAGAACCUGCAAUAUCUGACCUUGGAGAACUCCAUCUACGAUACGACGUAUUUCGCCAAGAAUGUCAAGUUUCCCUUCGUCACCAACGCCAGCAGCAAUGCCGACAGCGUGCCUUGGGUGUUCUCCGGCGGCAGCUACAGCGGUGCCCUCGCGGCGUGGGUCGAGAGCGUUGACCCGGGCACGUUCUGGGCCUACCACGCCUCCAGCGCUGUGGUUGAGGUCAUUUACGAUUUUUGGCAAUACUUCGCGCCCGUGCAGGAGGGCAUGCCCGCCAACUGCAGCGCGGACGUGUCCAAGGUCAUCGAGCACGUCGACAGCAUCCUGCUGGGCGACGACGACGAGGCGAAGCAGGCCCUCAAGGAGAAGUUCGGCCUCGGCGCUGUCGAGCACGACGAUGACUUUGCUAGCGCUCUGGAAAAUGGGCCUUGGCAGUGGCAGAUUCACGACUUUAACUCUAACUACUCUUCCUUCUUCCAAUUCUGCGACACUAUUGAGAACGUCGGCCCUCUGUAUCCCAACUCCACUGUUGUCCCCGGAGCCGAGGGCGUCGGCUUAGAGAAGGCUCUAGAGGGAUACGCCAACUGGGUCAAGAAGGAACUGAUCCCUGGAUACUGCGCUGGAUAUGGCUACGAUGAGUGGUCGGACGACGACAGCCUCGGGUGCUUCGACUCGUACAACGAGACCAGCCCAAUCUACACCGAUGUGACCGUCAGCAACCCUACUAGUAUUGACCGCCAAUGGACAUGGAUGCUCUGCAACGACCCCUUCGCCUACUGGCAAGACGGCGCUUCCGAGGGCACGCCGACUAUCGUCUCCCGGCUCGUGACGGCAGAGUACUGGCAGCAGCAAUGCGCGCUCUACUUCCCUCCUCCAGGGACCUACGGCAGCGCGGAGGGCAAGACGGUAGAGGACACCAACGCCUACACGGGCGGGUGGGACCGCGCAGGGAACACGACGCGCCUGAUCUUUGUCAACGGCCAGUGGGACCCCUGGAAGGACGCCACAGUUUCGAGCGAGUUCCGGCCCGAUGGACCGUAUGAGGGCACCAAGGACGCACCAGUGCUGGUCAUCCCUGGAGGUAUCCACUGCAGCGACUUGUCGAUGACGAAUGGCAGGGUCAACGCUGGUGUCAAGGCUGUGCAAGAUGCUGUCAUUGACCAGAUUGUAGAGUGGGUUGGGGAGUUUGAUCCUGAGGAGGGCAAGGCUGAGCAGGUGGCUUUGAGGAAGCGGUCAUGA